GCCGGCUCUGAGGGCCGUCUCAUUCGAGCAAACCUACAUGAGUACAGUACGUGUUCAACAGGUCGGUGAGACGAGUCAGCUGUCAGUCUGGGUCUCGGACAAGCAGGCUGAUAGAGCUUCGCAAGGCGUGUACUCUGCAUGUCUAGCGUACAGCCACCCCACCACACGGGACUCGCGCAGUCGGCAACACCGUCCUCUCGUAACGCAAGUAGCUAUGAAAAUGCACAAUACCACACGCUUCCAGCGCCUAGAGACAGCACUGAAUUCGCUGGUCGAAUCAGUCGCAGCUUACAACCCCUCCAUCUCAGCAGCAGAUGCACUAGUCGCAGCGGACGAAGACUUGGACGAGAGCCUGGAACAGCUCGCCGUACAUCAUGCAAACUACUCGCGCAUUCUCGAGCUGCGUGCUACCGCCGACGCCCUAGACGAGAAGAUCAAAUCCACCCUACGCACUCUGGCCGACACACGCAAGGAACUUCUCGAGAUACCCUCGUCACAGCCAGCUUCGAGCACGCGUCAAGUUGGCGUUGAAGAAUUGCUCUCAUAUGCAAAGUUUAUCUCGAAGACGACUGUACCGCCCACUUUCCGCGGCCACAUCUCAACCGAACUACUGUCACAACCACAACCCGCCAUCACCGAUGCACCAACCACUCAAAUCACAAACGGCAUGGCCACACCAGCCCAAAACGGCGACAGCACCAACCCAACCGAUCAAUCCACUCAACCGGAAAACAGAGCGGUAGCUAAUUUGAGUGCAGAAACAAAAGCCAUGCUGGACCCACUCUCACAACUUCCUUUUGUGCCUUGGCCAUCCCAAGAAGUCAUUCGCAUGGGUGCUCUGGCUGCUAUCCAAGGAAUGCUGGAAGAUGGUACGGAUCCCACUACUGUACUCAGUGCUGAAGAGCAAGAGGCAGCAGACAAGAGAAGAGCAGAAGAGGAAGAGAGAUUGCAAGCCGAGCAGGAAGAAAGAGAACGCAGGCGAAGAGAAGAAUGGGCUGCUAGGGGUGGUAACAGAGCUGCCAUAACAGAAGACGUCUUCGACCCUGAUGAGCUU